AUGAAACUCUUCUUCGAAGAGAAUGUGUUGAUGGAGUUGAUGAUGGAGGUUCACGUGAGGAUCGAAGCUCGAGACGUCAGGGCAGCGCUUCUACGCACAUCUGGUGACAUUUCGAAGCCGCAUGGGGUCGAAAAGGACACGGUGGACCGUGACAUCACCAUGAAUCAGGUGUACUUUGAGAUCGAGGUCAACCAUUCUGACGUUGUCUUCCUUGAGAAUUUCUCGCAGCCCAUCUUGCAAGCCCCACUCUUCAAAACCCAGCCUGAAGCGUGUGACCUGCAGAGUUUGUGUGAUGUCUAA